AGAUCAUCAAUCAACUCUUCAACACUCUCAACAACUCUUCAGUCUUCACGACAACCUUUCGAUACCCUUCCAACCAAACAGCCAACCAUUCACUCCAACAAUCAAAAUGGCCGCUCCCCAGAUUCCCGAGAAGCAGUGGGCUCAGGUUUUCGAGAAGACCGCCGGUCCUAUCGAGUACAAGCAGAUUCCCGUUCAGAAGCCCGGUCCCGAUGAGGUCCUCGUCAACGUCAAGUUCUCCGGUGUCUGCCACACUGAUCUCCAUGCCUGGCAGGGUGACUGGCCCCUCGAUACCAAGCUGCCUCUUGUCGGUGGCCACGAGGGUGCUGGUGUUGUCGUUGCCCGCGGCGACCUUGUCAAGGAUGUCAAGAUUGGCGAGAAGGUCGGUAUCAAGUGGCUCAACGGUUCUUGCCUGAGCUGCUCUUACUGCCAGAACGCCGAUGAGUCUCUCUGCGCCGAGGCUCUCCUCUCCGGUUACACCGUCGAUGGAUCUUUCCAGCAGUACGCCAUUGCCAAGGCUAUCCACGUUGCUCGCAUUCCUGAGGAGUGCGACCUCGAGUCCAUCUCCCCCAUUCUCUGCGCCGGUAUCACCGUCUACAAGGGUCUUAAGGAGUCCGGUGUCAAGGCCGGUCAAUCCAUUGCCAUCGUCGGUGCUGGUGGCGGUCUCGGUUCCAUCGCUGUCCAAUACUGCAAGGCCAUGGGUAUCCACGCCAUUGCCAUCGAUGGUGGUGAGGAGAAGGGAAAGCUCACCAAGGAGCUCGGAGCUACUGCUUAUGUCGACUUUACCACAACCAAGAACCUUGUCGCUGAUGUCAAGGCUACCACCUCCGAUGGUCUCGGACCUCACGCUGCUCUCCUCGUCGCUACCAACGAGAAGCCCUUCCAACAGGCUACCCAGUACAUCCGCUCUCGCGGUACUGUCGUCUGCAUUGGUCUCCCCGCCAAUGCUCAGUUCUCUGCUCCCGUCUUCGACACAGUUGUUCGCAUGAUCUCCAUCAAGGGAUCUUACGUCGGCAACCGUGCUGAUACCGCUGAGGCCAUUGACUUCUUCCGCCGCGGUCUCAUCAAGGUCCCCUUCAAGACUGUCGGUCUCUCUGAGCUCAACGAGGUCUACAAGCUCAUGAAGGCUGGCCAAAUUGUCGGUCGCUACGUCGUCGACACCAGCCGAUAAGCGCGCGGCUGUCGCUUGGGCAGUGCGCCAAAAAGCAAAAGCACGCCCCAAAAGAGAUAAACAGGGCUACCCAUCGCGCAAAGGGGUUUACCCUCUAAAGAGGAGUUCAGGCGGGAGUUGAUUUGGGUUUUCUGGCGGGUGUUGUCGAAGUAGCCAGAUGGAUGAUCUUGGUUACACUUUGUGUAUAGCCCUAGUUUAUGAGUUUUAUGAUUUCCCUUAGCAUCAAAUAACAGAACGAACAUUUCGAUCAA